AUGCAGAUAAUCGAGGAAACAAAAGAGGAGUCAUUGUUGACCGAUGCCAGAAAAUGCUAUGCAGAAGAAGUUGAUGAUGAGCUGGAUGAAGAGAUGUUGGUGAUUGACGGGUGUUUCAUACUUGAACUUCUCUACAAAUUUCAAGAAAAAGGCCUCCACCAGCAGCUUAUUUCUGGUAGCCCACUGACGUUCUACCCCAUCCAACAUGAUUUGUUGCAUAUGGAGAACCAGCUACCCUUCUAUGUUCUUGAUAAGUUGUUCCUCUUAACCAAGAAGCUUAUGCCUACAUCUUCUUUUUCUUCUUCUUCCUCCUCCUCUACGCCGCCUCCUGAUUCGCUUAUUGAGUGUGUUCGUUCCUACUUUUCCACUAUAACAGACUUGGGACCCACGGUCGAUCGUAGCAGCAGCAACAACAACAAAAAUGGUCCCAAAAGGUCUUGUUGGAAAGGAGUGACAGAGAGUGUCAUCAUGAAAGUAGAGAAAGAUUAUUGUCAUAUCCUUCAUAUUCUAGUCGACGGCUUCCAUUCUUUCACAGAUGAGUUGUUCUUCGGAAACCUCUUUGCGUUCAAGCAGUGUUGCCCUGGGUUCAAGCGUCGCUUCACAUCAUACGCAUACCUUAUAGAUAAACUCAUAAGCAUUGUAAAAGACGUGGAACUGCUUGAAAAGGCCAGAGUAAUAAGUGACUAUCUUGGCAGCCAUGAAGAAGCCAUUCAUCUCUUCAACAAACUCGGCAAGAAUGUAGAUGCGUCUCCAUGCCAUUUCAAUGACGCGUACGGACAAGCCACUGGCUACACAAAGCGUUGUUUGCCAAAAACUAUUGCAUAUUUGAGACGUGAAUAUUUUGCGACUCCAUGGACAACCAUAGCUUUUGUUGUUGCCUUUAUCGGUUUUGGAAUCACAGUGACAAAACUCAUCCAAAGUUUCCUUCCAUGA